AAAAGGAAGUGACAAAUGGACCAAACACAAUUGAUGAACAUAUUCUUCACACCUUAAUUAAUUACUCUCUUCAAUCUUCAUACACACAUUUCCAUUUCCAUUUCCUUCCUCCAACACUAAUCAAUCAUGUUUAAUCCAAGAAAACAAAUACCCAAUAUUCAUAAUCCUGAUGACACUAAUUGGGAACCUCAUAAUUUUGAUUUCCAUGUAUCACAGAAACAUGGAAACAUUCAAUCUAGAGAUCAAAAAAUUGAAGAUGAUAAUGAAUCUGGUGCUUCUUCACCAGCCUUAUGGAAAAAUAGUCCAUCAAGAAGUCCAGUACAUCCCAUAAACUAUCGAUCACUUUCGCCGAAUUCUAGAACUCAAGCUAUAGCUAGAGGGCAAUGGGAACUUAUGGAAAUGGUCAAGAACAUGCCUGAAUCUUGUUUUGAGCUUUCUUUAAAGGAUCUUGUCGAGCAGACAAAAUCCUUUGAAUCUCAAAAAGAAUGCUUAAUUAAUAGUAACAGGGAGAAAAAUCAAGCUGUGAUGCAGAACAGAGUGAAUAUUAAGAAGAAUGAACAAAUUAAGAAAGCGAAGAUGAUGAUGAGAAGUAAAAGUAUAGAGAAUGGAGGGGUAUUUAUCAAAAUGGUUUCCCCUGUUUCUUUGAGAUCAAAGAAGACGAAAAAGAAGAAUCCAUCAGCAAAUACAACUAGAGUUUCUCCUAAACCUGAAGAAUGUGAAAAUGUUUCUUCAAAGAAUUUGGAAAAAGAGUGGUGGAAGAAGAGAUUCUCUGGUUCAAGUAGCAGCAAUAGUACUGGAAGCAGUGGCAGAAAUAGCAGCAGUACUAGUAGCAGAAACAACAACAACAACAACAGGAAAAGGGAAGGGUUAUUAAGCAGUUGUUGGUCAAGUUUAUGCUUGUCAGAGAAAAACAAAGUGAUGACUGAUUUAGAUUGGUGACGCCCCUUAUCUAUAUAUGUUUUAAGUCUUGUAAAACAUAUACUAAUAAUGAUAUAUAUGUAUGUAUAGUUUUGUGUUAGACUAUAUAUAGCUAUAUGCCCACUUGAAUUGUUCUUUCAUUUCCUUUUUGUUGUUGGUUUGGCAAGCAUUUAUUUGUUAUUUAGAGCAAUAUUUAGUUGAAGUUUGAGAUCAA